AUUCAUACGACUUUUGUGACCGAGAAGCACCUUCGAAAUCUUUGCUCUCAAUACAUUUACUUGUAAGAGAUCCUCUUAAGGAGUUUGUGUCGUGAUAUUGUGGGAAAAGAAUGUGCAUGUAAAAAUUUCAUCAUCCUUGUCUUGAAGACAAGAAAUAUGAAAGCAGUGAACAGUUCAGUUGUUCCUUAUACAAAUAGUACUAAAAGGAUUCUUUGCCAGACAGGCUUUGGACAGAGUUUUUCUGGAAGCGAGACUGACGUGUCAACUUCUAACGAAAAUCUUACAGCUGAAGAGAAGAAUGUUCUUCGCAGUGGUGUUCGACAAGAACCACAAGGAGAAGAGACUCUAACUGAUGAUAUGGAUGCUACCUUGUCCAACACACUCAUCAUAAGAAAUAAUAGUUCUAUUGAUGGAUACACAUCUCCAUUUUAUGCCAAAACCAACUGGGGUAAUAACAGCGUUAGUAGUACUGUAAAACAAAAUCUUCGGGUUGAAGGAUCUGCACAGUUUACAGCUGUAACUCCAAGUGAGUCUUUAAAAACAAAUCCACAGUUAAAGGGAAAUAUGAACCGUGCUGAUGUUCCUCCAAUUCUAAAGACCAGUGAAACCAAUGUUCCUUGUUCUCCCAAAAUCUCAUCUCGUCAUAUAUUUUAUCCUCCACAUAUUAAUAAUACCCAGGUAUCAGGCUCUCCGAAACAGCUUCAUCAGUUGUCUCCUGGCAUUUUUCAAGCAUCUUCUACAGUUGCAACAACUACACAUACAUAUACCUACUCAUCACCUCAAGGAGGUCAGUCAUAUUAUGAACUCCCUGUUCAAGAUCUGACCGAAAUUCCCAAGCACUAUCUAGAUCAAUCAGAAGUUUUAAAACAUUUGGCUAAAGAAGUGCAUUAUCAACAGGUACCAAAUGAUUCAUAUAAUUUUCCUCCACCUCCAAAUUACCCCAAAUGGAAUAUGGUGGCUAUGCAAGAAAUUAAUGAUACUGACUUUAGUAAGUUAUCCCCUAUGGGUCUACCUCCCACAAGAGGUGGAGCAAUAAGUGAAAAGCCAGGUGCCAGAAUGUCGAUAUCUCGAUCUCAUCCUGACUUGAGCCGAUUAGAAACAGGAAGUAAGUUAGAAGAUCCUGGAGUUAAGAUGCCAUCAGUUAAUGAAAGACCUAAAACAAGAGGUCGAGUUGCAGUGGAAGUUGAUUCAGAACAGUUCCCUCUUCAGGCAGCCCAAUUGAUUGACUUACUCUCUCAUGAAAAUGAUGCAUUAAAAAGUGAAUUGGACAUGUAUUAUAAGAAGGUCUCCAAACUGCAAAAAUUUGAACUGGAGAUUCAGAAAGUCCAUCAGUCCCAUGAAGAACUAGUGCGUUCAUCUGAAAAGAGAGAGAAAUUAGAACGUGCAAUCAGAACUCGACUGGAAAUGGAAAUUCGACGUCAGCGAGAGAAUAAUAAAGAAAUAAAAGAACAAUUAGAAGCUGCCACAUCUCAGUUAGCAAAAAGACCACUGACAGAACUUGAUGAUUCAGAAUUAGAGAAGGAACUUGGAAGAAAAGAUAUGAUUGUAGCCCAACUUCUUGGUCAGAACAAAGAGCUGAUGGCUGAAAAAGAAAGGCAAGAAAUUGAACUCCAGGCCCAAAGAGCAACUUUACAAGAACAAAGGAAUCAUAUAGACAUCCUAGAUAAUGCUUUAACAAAUGCCCAAGCUAAUGUUAUGAAAUUGGAAGAGGAGUGUCGCAAAAAACAAGUAUAUGUGGAAAGAGCAGCACAGCUGCAGAAAGCCCUAGCUAACUUGCAGGUUGCAAGUGAUCGUCGACUGCAGAUGGAGAAGAAAGUCAGAGAACAGCUGGAAGAACAAAUUACAUGCCUUAAACAUAAGGAUGGAAAAACAACCCCUCAAUCAAAUGGAAGUAAUGUUGAAUUAGAGGAUCUGAAAAAAAUUGUUACAGAGUACGAAGAAAAGAUUAUAAAGCUGGAAUCAGAAGUUAAUGAGUGGCAACAGCGAUACCUAGAAGAAUCCACAAUGCGACAAAUUGCUGUAGAUGCAGCUUCAUUACCAAAAGAUGCAAAAAUAGCAGCCCUUGAGAGGACCUCUCAAGAGAGUGAGAAGUUGAUUGCUCUAGUCAGGACAGAAAAACUUAAGCAGAUGGAUGAGUUGUAUGCUGCACAUAGGAAGACUGCAGAGUUGGAGGGAAGAAUUAAAGAUCUUGAGUCAAGACUAGCCGAACGAGAUGCCAUGAUCAAAGUUCUUCAGCAUCACUCUCAAGAGAAGGAUGAAGUAUUUCAGAAUGCAGUUCUCGGUCGACCUUCCUGCCAUACCCGUGCAGCCAGCACUGUUGGGCUAUCUACCAAUACAUCGCAUACAACAACAACUGUCGGUUCAUCGUUAGGCAAAAUCUCUUCUUCCUCUUGCAUUCUUCAUCGCCGAACAGGGAGCAAAGAUGAACUAGGUGCUUCUUCUGUUACGAAAGUUAAGUCUAGCGAAUGUUUGACUACGUCUUCAGCAAACGGUGGUUUGCCAACUUCGAGCGACUCCGCCGAUUCGAAGAAAAGUCUUGACGAACAAAUGGAAGAGCUCGACUCAAGGUUAUCUAACAAGGAUUCAAUCAUCCAUGCUCUAAGAGCUGAAAAACAGCGAUAUCCAAGUCAUUUCUGGAGAGUGUGAUGAAUUGUUUCAUGUUACAAGUCACUUGAGGCAAAUGUGACAAAUGCUAUAUGUUGCAAGUCAUUUGUGAUAAGAGUGUCAAGUAACACUGCUUAUCAUGAAAUACAUUCUUCCCUAUUGAAAGAAAAAGAAAUUCUAGACAUCCCUUCUGAUAUAAAAUAGGAGGCCAUUAGGAAGCGCAGACUUGGCAGAAGGUGAUGAGAACAAGUUAAGUAAGACUAAGUAAGAAAAUCAUCAUGGUCUUUCUGCAACAGAGUCAGUGCUGCUGUUAAAAAAAAUUGUAAUGGUUAAAGGUAUUAGUUAGGCAUUGUCAUGUUAAGAACAUGAUUAGUGGAUUAAGAGAAUGUGUUUAUUUUGAAUAUACUCUGGCUAUGGAUAUGUAUCAUUUACAAAACUAAACAUUUAUAGCAGCAUAAUUUUUCAGUUAAUUAAAUAACUUAAAACAUGUUUGAAUGUAUGAUUUAUAUUUCAGGUAUUUAAGGCAACACAUGAUCCAACAUUUUAAAAUCAUAUGUAUAGCUUCUCAACCUUCUAAGAAGGGUGUAAUGUUUUUUUGUUUUUUUUUAUAAGUUUUUAUACAGAAUAUAAUAAAGUAGUUGUCAGCAGGAGUGUCUUGGCCACAUAGAAAAGAAUUGUUUUUCUUUGGUGGGAGUCAGACACAACAAAAGUUAACACUAGUGUCCAGCUUAACAGAUAAAAGCAUUGUACAUAGUGUAAAAUAUGUACACAGAUUGUGUAUAUUUAAGACUGUGUGUACAGAAAAAUGCCCUGUACAGAAUGUAUGGCAAAUAAGUAUGUGUCACAAGUGAAACCUGAUGCUGUUGAUAGUUCCUUUACCUUCAGAAAAGCAUAUUCUUUUUGGCUUGGUCCAAGACUCUUAUCACUCUACUAAAAGUUGAAUUUCAGGAAAUGUAGUCUGUAUAUUCAUUUUUAUUUAUAUUGGUUCUUUUGAAAAGGAAAUAAAAAGUAGUAUUUACUUACUUAUUUUACCAUCCACACAAACAUCUAUUUUCUGGUGUUAUUCUUUUCAAGUCCAGUUAAGAGUUUAUAGUAUGUCAAACAUUCACAAUCUCUUGUACUUGGAAGGUCUUCGGCUAAAUUAGAUUGUAAGUUGCUAAAAUGUUUUUUGUGGGAUCUUUAAAAACAGGGAGGUUAAUUGUAUAUUACUAAAUGUGGAUAUGAUAAUUUUCAAGUCUUUAACCUUAACUGUAUAAAACCUAACACAUUUUACAGGCAUAUUUAUCAUUGGAAUAAAUGUGUGACAGACACUGUGCAUGUUUAUACUUCUAAAAAUUCAGCUUUAUUAGAUGAUCUUGAUGGUCUCGGUUUUACGUGGAGCAUUUAAGGUAGCAAAGUAGAAUUACCCAUAUGUUCUUUAAUUAUUUGUAUUUUUAAAUAUUUUAAAUUGUAAAAAAUCAGAUAGGCCUUUGGCAUAACUCACAGCUUGUGGUUCUUCAAAGGUUUUUAUAUACUUGGUCCUCUUAGCAGAAGUUAUUGUGAAUUUUUCUUUCAUCAUUUGUCUGGAAAGAAUUUGCAUUUUGAGACUUUUGGGGCUGAAAAAAGUUUUAUUCUUUUAGGUUUGGGCUCUUUCUUUGCUAUAUUUUUGAGUUUGACUCAGUAUGUAGUUUUUUUUGAAAAGCAAGUGACUACUUCACAUAGAAGGAAGAAAAGAAAGUAGAAUCAGUAUUAUAUGUACUGGUAAAAACACAAACUUCUAAGGUUUCUUCCAAAUUUUACUCUGUUAGGCUAGUUUUUAAAUUGUUUGGUAUACAUUAAUUUGAAGAAAACGUGUGCUGCCAUGGAGAGUUUUAUAUGCUUUAAGAAAGCAUCUGAAAAUUAAAGUAGUUUAAAUAGUACAGAUGGAAUAUUCCUUUUGUUGGUGAAACUUUGAAUUGAAAUGUUUUUUAUUUAUUUAAAUAACAUGUUUUAGAAGAUCUUCACUAAAGUUAGAUUUGUGUUUCCCAUAUUUAAAAUUAUUGUUACUUGCCACACUAUUAUUACUAACUGAAAGAACAACAACUUUUUUUUCAAUUUUAGUAGGUGAGUGUAUUAAAAGUUAACAGCAGUACUACAGUAUGAAGUUUUGUAGUCCCAUCUGUAACUGUACUGUGAUUAUAAAUAGAAUGCAUUGUAAUUAAUUUUCUUGUUUCUAAUGUAUUGUUAUUGAUAGAUCAUGAGUGUGUGCUAUGCAGUGUUGUAGAUAUUGUGGACUGUUGUACAGGUGAUGGGGAUCUUGCUGGACAUACCCCAUCUGAGAAUUUGUACAACUGUUUAGUUAAGUGCAUUCUAACUUUUGAAAUAUGGGGUUACUUAAGCAUGUUUGACUGUUUAGAUGUUUUUCAAAUGGUUUGUAAUCUGAGUGUCUGCUGCUGUAGAAUGAAUUAUCUUUCUCGUAUUUGUAUUUCUUUAUCAUGUAGAAUGCACAAGUUAAAUGUUACUUAAUUUGAAUUGAAAGAAUGGGUUCUAAAUUCUUCUGCUUGUUUGAUAAUCUUUGGUUUCAUAAUUAAAAUGUAGACUGUGCUUAGUCCUCACAAGGAGUUUUGGUGUUACAAAUACACAUCUAGAUCAGAAGACUAAAAGUAUUUCUGAUUUAAUUUGUAAAAUAAAGAAUCUUGAAAAAAAAAAAGAUUGAAAGAAGUCUUGGAGCUGUCUUUCUCAUACUUAGUUCAUUAUUGAAUUUAUUAGUUAAAUCACAAGUGAUUUUUUUUUAAAUAGGUAAAUUCAAGUUUGUUAAAAAAUAAUGACAAAACUUGCUUAUCUUCUUGGCUUAAGAAGAUAAUCUAGAAUAAUAUACACAAUAUUAUAUGGCAUUUGUUUAAACUAUGUGAAGUUUUUAGAUUUAAAAUGGUUUAGCAUGUAAUUAAAACUAUAUGAUUCUUAAACAUGUUUUGUGCUAUUAUGAAACAUAUUUAUGAUACAUUAGCUUGUAUGAAGAUGCAUAUUUUCCAGUGCAAUAGAGCAGGAUUUCCUCUAAAGGAUCUUAAUAUUCAUGUGUAGUAUAAUUCAUCACAUUUUUAUUUUAGUAUUGACUAAUUAAAUGCACACACUAUUUCUGUUUUGAAAUACAAAAUUCAUUUUGAAUUGUAACAGUGAAAUUAUUUAAGUAAAUUUGUAUUGCUUCAGGUGAUGUUAAUAAGCUUGGUCACUCUGAUUUGUUUUAUUAUAUUUAACACAGAUGUUUUUAUGUUGGCAAAUCUCAUUACUAAGUUUUUGCAUUACAUCUGAAAUAGAGUGUUUUGAGAAUGAUACAAAAAUUUGUUCCAAUAGGAGGAAGAGCUGAUUUGAAACUUAAAUCUGUAUCUUCUACCAUGUUCAAAUACAUAGUCUAGAAUGUCAUCCUGACAUUACUCUGAUGUAGUAUAAUACAUUUCUGUGGCUUACUAAGGAAGGAAAUGACAGAAGUUGUUAUACAUUUUUCAGGAACAUUUUAUUGUCUGUUAAGUUACCCCUGUUAUAAUAAUUUCUUUUGCAGGAAGUUUAAUAAUAAAAAAGGUACACCAUCUGUAAUUGACAUUAUAGAAAAAAAACUUACCAUAAAUCCUAAUAACAGAUAUAAUGAAACUAUUUCUGCCACUUUCAUGUAAUGAAAAACAAAUGGCUAAAAUAUAACUAUUUUUGGUGUGAUAGAUCAUGAAAAUGCUAAUGAAUAAAAUCUGUUUUUUUAAAGUUAUAAGCUUAAAUUUAAAGCACAACAAACUAUUAACAUAUUUUACAUUUAUUAGAAUCUUUAUACCAUUAUUUUUUCAACAAUACUCUGGACCUUCUACAGUGAUAAUUUAAUUAAAUUAAACCUGGUUUUAAAGGAAUCUGUGCUUACCUUACUCAUUGUAGUACUUCUUGCUUUCAUCGCAGUGAAUGCUUAAUGUUGUAUAGAUAUUGUGUUAAUAAAAACAUUGUUGAUGCCUA